AUGGUGUUGGUAAUGACUCAUCCGUUAUUUUAGUGAUGUUGAUAAACAAGAACACUUAUUCACUUGUGACUUGGAUUUUUUUUAUGAACCAGAGAUUUGUACAUGUCUGCUAAGGAAAUAACACUAGCUUGCAGUUGGGUGAUAUAGAGUUGAACUUUGCUUGUUUUGAAAGAAAAGUGUAUAUUUCAAAAGCAACAUAAUGUUUAUUUUCUAAAAUGACGAACCUUACAUCUAUGGAAAACAAUUCUUCAGUAUCAAAUUAUUCAUCACCAAUAACAACUCCUUGGUUGUUCAAAACAUCAGAUCAUGAGCCACCAAAUUCACCAAUUCCAUUCAUAGACAUAACCCUGCCACCUUGUAAAUGGAUUUUGCAAGCAGAUAUCCUAAACUCAGGAGUUCGAUGGUGGGACCUUUUUAUACUAGUCCCAAAUUUUCUCUUCAUUUUGUUUUUGCUGUACAGCUUUCGAGUAGCAAUUGGAAAACUACGGGGAAGUAACAGCCCAAUAUUUGCAGCCUUUUAUGGCCUGAUAUUUGCUGUUCCAGUUAUUAGUUUGCUGAGAUGUGUGGUUUCAAUGUUAGUGAAUGCAUCAUUACCAGCUGGAGAUAUCACUGAUAAAGUGUUGUGGCUGGUGUUAAGAUUUUUCCUGUUGGCUACAGAACUCUCUGUUGUAAUAUUUGGUCUUGGAUUUGGUCACCUUGACAGCCAUACAAGCAUUAGAAGAGUUUUAAUGGUCACUUUUACAGUUGCUUUGGCAUACUCCAUCAUUCAGGGUACCCUGGAGUUGGAGUAUCCAGCAUUCACAGGCCAAUCAAAAGACAACAACAACAGCAACAGCACUAUAAGCUAUGAUCUGUUUGCGCAGGGUGGCAUGAUUUUCUUAUUCACCACGUCUAUUUUCUUUUUCUUGGUGUACACAGUCAUUGCAUUGUUGCCAUUAACAAGGCUUAAGGAAAGGUUUCUAUUGCCAACAAAGCGCCUGUUUUACUACUACUGUUUGAGUUUGGCUGCUCUGAACUUGGUUCAGGCUGUUGCCAGUUUGCUUGUUUAUAUGGAGAUUCCACAAAGUCUUUGUGUUGUUGAUGCCACAACAUAUCUGUAUUUCUCAUUUUACAUCCCACUGGUUUAUGGGGUAUUUCUUUGGAAAUUUUUCAAAGCUGCCCAAACAGGACUACAGUUUUCUUACAAGCACCAGGAAGAUGUGAUUGAUGAUGAGCAUGUCAGCCUGCCCUACAGCAAUGGUGCAGGGGGCAAACAGGAUGACAUGUCACCAAUCUAUUCCUAUGAUAGCACCCACUUUGAUGUACAGUUUAGCAGAGCCGCUUCUAGGGGUAGCGCAGUUUCAGAUGCUAACUCUUCUUUCAGGAAUAGCUAUUCUGUCAAUAGUGAUUUUUAUAACAUUUCUGUGGAAACUUAAAGUUUUGUAGAAAAUAAUGUAUGUGUAUAUUUUUUAAACUUUUUUUUAAACUAAAAAGCUUCUAAAGACAGUCAUUUUGGCAUGUGUAAAUAUAAAUAUACUUGGGAGUGUAUACAAAAAAUAAGUGAAAUAAUAUUUAGUUCCUUUACUUCUCUGUGUAAAAGAAGGAUAAGAAUCUUGGCUUUCAUGCUAGACAUUUCAGUUGAUUAUGUGCAUGGAGGCUUUUUGUUUUUGCUACGGACAACUAUUUUUGUGUUCAUUUCAAGUUUUUUUUUAUUUAUAUCAUAACACAGACUGUAAAUAAGCUUUUAUUUAUCAUAUUCUGUACAUUGUCCUGUUUAUUUAAUAUAAACAAAUAUUUUAAUAUUUAUUAUUUUAUGGUUUAAUUAACCUUCUGUAUUUGUAAUACUUCCGGCAGUCAGGAUUGCUUCAGAUAUAAAAUGGAAAUCACUUGUUUUAAAAUAUGUUAAUUUUAUAUAUUAUACUUUACCUUUGUAAACAUUC